CACUAAAUGGAGGAUGUGAUCACAACUUUUCCGUUUCGAUCAUUUAUCUGGGCUGGGUUCAACUACAAUGGAGCCCGACAUGCCUUCUGAACCAUCAGUGGCGGAUAACGGCCAGCUCUGCGGGGUUAUCAACAAUGCCGAACAUGAGGAGAACCCGCCGGAGGACACCCAAACGUUCUUCAUUCCGCCGCUCCUCUCUCUCCCAUCAGAGCUUCUAUAUGAAAUUUUCUCCUACGUAUCUGCCUUAGACCUGACUUCCUUGUCCGCGACAUGCCAGUUCCUCCGAGAACACGCAAACAGCGAGCUACUCUGGGCCGCCCUGGUUGAUUCUAACGUCCACACGCGUCUCCAUGACCCCUCCCCCUUCGAAUCCUUCCGGUCACUAUACGUAGCUUAUCAUCCAUUCUGGUUCCUCGUGCGAAAUAAGAUCUGGUUUUCCGACGUUAAGAACACGGGGAAAUUGAUCCUCGUCCGAUACAACGCUCCUCGUGGCCGUAUCGAAGGAUAUCGAAUCGUCGCCAGGCAUUCAAUCGGAUUCGUCCAGGCGUGGAGCAAGAAUCCCUCGGUUAUUGUCAGCUCGUUUGAUCCGGUAGUUUCGCUAUGGCUUGAUGACCCGGUUAUACUGCUUGAAAAGGAGCUGGCGUUGGGGUGGGGUUCCGAUUCGCAUGGUCGACGGUCAGAGGUCCGGAUGCCGAUGGACCUCGAGGCCCAAAGAGUAUUUAGCUCCUUUAUCUUCUGCGAUAAGACGGAGACCAGGGAGGAUGAGGACGAGUCGAGAAUGGUCUGGCCGCCAAGUACUAUUCCGGCCGACGAACGGGUUAAUGUCGCGUAUUCGGACAUUGAAACCUUUGCUUUUAGAGAUAAGCCGCUACGCUUGAAGGAGGUUUCUGAAGCUGGGUUCCGGUUGAGGAGAUGGAUACAGUUCGGUGGGAAUAUGUCUACGUUCGAAGUUGGGACUGUGAUGGAUGGCGUGUCCACGUUUGGGACUCUACGCCCUGACCUCUAUACACCGACAAAGGACAAGCCAUAUCAGGGAAUCUGGAUUGGGGAUUACUCUGGGCAUGGAUCUGAGUACCUAUUGAUACUUCAGCAAGAUUAUGACCCCGCGUCGACUGGCCACAGUGCUGCUGGCGCGACGGUGGAGAACGCUGCCUCAAGCAGCCAAGCAACUUCUUCUCAAAACGUCGAACCUGGGAAUGUACCCUAUCGGGGCUUGAAAGCCAUCAAAUUAACAGGCGAUCCGAAUGUUCCUCGCGGUGAGAUAACCUUCAAAGCUGAUGAUAUCGGUCCUAAUGGAACUAUUCGCAUUGCCGACGAGGAAAUGUUUCGGGGAGCUCGCGUCGUGAAUAGUUGGGGACAUAUCGCGGCUACGAACUUCGCCAGAGAUACGUACAUCCCUUCUCAGCUUAUUCUCAUUUCAAACGAUUGCAUCGCACAUUAUUGGACGGAACUUGGCCACAUAUCGUACUACCGGCGUAUUGACAUUGAUCAGCUGCUGAACCAGUGAAACUUGGGGGUCUAUUGC